GCGGAAUCGCGAAUGAACGCCUCUUGUGAAUCUGCCAAAGACGCUUUUCAUAAGUUUUAGAUUAGAGGUUUUUGAAGCUAAAAACUUCUACCACUCGUCUUGAUUAGUAGUAAUAUGAGUAAUGCACCCAACCAAAAUGGAUCAGGUCUAGAGCAGCAGUUUGCUGGUCUGGACUUGCAGAGUCGCGCACCCAGCGGCCGUUACGUGCCCCCGCACUUGCGUAACAAACAGAGUUCAGCCGAAAGUAGCUACGAUAGAGAUAGAGGCGAAUCCAGAGGCGGAAGCGGAAGAAGCAACUACAGCAGUAGAGGCGGCGGAAGAGAUAACCGCGCAGGAGACUACUCCAGCUUCAACACUAGGAAUCGCCGUGACAAUUUCCAGAAUGGCGAGACCUUUGAGCGAGAGGAGUGGGGUCGAGGUGGCGGCGGCGGCGGCGGCGGUCGCCAACAGGAGCGGGAGCGUGACUUGCCCCGUAAUGAUCGGUGGCAGGAACCAGAGAAGCCUCGCGAAGGAGGCGGCGGUCGUUGGAGCGACAACCGCAACGAGAAUCGCGGAGGCGGUGGUGGAGGCGGCGGCGGAGGCGGUCGUUGGAACGACAACCGAGACCGUCACAACGAGAACGAUUGGACCGUUCCGAUGCCGAGAGACGAACGUCUCGAACAGGAGCUCUUCGGCACGGGCAAUACGGGCAUCAACUUCAGCAAGUAUGAAGAUAUACCUGUUGAAGCAACCGGGGACAAAGUCCCGCGCCACAUUACAUCUUUUGAGGAAGUACAGUUGACUGAGAUCAUACGGAACAACAUAAACUUAGCACGUUAUGAUACUCCGACUCCAGUACAAAAAUACGCAAUUCCGAUAAUUGUGGGCAAGCGAGAUGUGAUGGCUUGCGCCCAGACUGGGUCUGGGAAGACUGCAGCGUUUCUAGUGCCGAUUUUGAACCAAAUGUACGAACAUGGACCCCCGAAUAUUACUCACGGACGCAGCAGAAGGAAGCAGUACCCCCUUGGGCUGGUAUUGGCACCGACAAGAGAACUCGCCACCCAGAUCUACGACGAGAGCAAGAAGUUCGCCUACAGGUCGCGCGUACGCCCCUGCGUUGUUUAUGGGGGCGCUCAUAUUGGCGACCAGAUGCGCGAUUUGGACCGCGGCUGCCACCUCCUGGUGGCCACCCCCGGCCGCCUCCUCGACAUGAUCGACCGCGGCCGCAUCGGCCUUGACUACUGUCGUUACUUGGUCCUUGACGAAGCCGAUCGUAUGCUCGACAUGGGUUUCGAGUUGCAAAUUCGUCGAAUCGUCGAGAAAGAAACGAUGCCGAAGACCGGCGAGCGUCAAACCCUCAUGUUUUCGGCGACUUUCCCCUCGCCAAUUCAAAUGCUCGCACGCGAUUUUCUCGACAAUUACAUUUUCCUUGCUGUGGGUCGUGUCGGCUCCACCUCCGAGAACAUCACCCAGAAGGUGGUUUGGGUCGAAGAGCACGACAAGCGAUCGUUCCUCCUUGAUCUUCUCAAUGCGGCCGAAAUGAGCCAACCGUCGGCCGAAAGCUUGACUCUUGUUUUCGUUGAAACGAAAAAAGGGGCCGACUCUUUGGAGGAGUUCCUCCACUUUGAGGGUUAUCCCGUGACGUCGAUUCACGGCGAUCGGAGUCAAAGAGAGCGUGAGGAUGCUUUGAGGCAAUUCCGUUCGGGGAAUACCCCGAUUUUGGUGGCAACAGCCGUGGCGGCGAGAGGGUUGGAUAUCCCCCAUGUCAAACAUGUUAUCAAUUUUGAUUUGCCUUCGGAUAUCGAAGAGUACGUUCAUAGAAUUGGGCGUACGGGAAGAAUGGGUAAUUUGGGCUUGGCAACGUCGUUCUUCAAUGAUAGAAACAGGAAUUUGGCGAGUGGUUUAUUGGAUUUGUUGAUUGAGGCCAAGCAGGAGUACCCGAGUUGGUUGGAGGGCGUAGCAGCCGACGGGCGAAUGCCCAGUUCGGGACGCAGAGGCGGGAAGAGCCGGUAUGGAGGUGGGGGAGGAAGCAGUUUUGGGGGAAGAGAUUAUAGGCAACAGUCCGGGGGGAUGUCCCGAAAUCAGAGAUCUGGAGGCGGUGGAGGAUAUGGAAAUAACGGGUUCGGAAACAAUGGAGGUGGCCACUACGGCGGCCUCGACCGCGGCGGCAAUUUCGGCGGUAACUACAACUCGAACUCGAACUCCAACAGUCGCGACGACUGGUGGGAGAAUUAG